AUUAUUUGCGUCAUCUCUAUCAUACUAGGUCACUCAACACGCUGAUAUUUAAAAAAAUGCCCUAUUGAAAAAAUUGCAUUGUAUUUUUAUAAUUAUGGGUUUAAGAAAAAAAAGUAACAAAAAUCCUCCGAUAUUGAGUCAUGAAUUUGUGAUACAAAAUCAUGCUGAUAUAUUAUCUUGUAUUUUGAUGGUUUUUAUAGUAGCAUUAUAUUUUCAAGUAUCAGCUAGCUUUGGUUCAUUAUUCAUUACACUAAAUCACAACAUUACUGUAAAUAAGACAAUCGGGACCCAUCAAUAUGAAGAUUAUAACUCACUUUUUACCAAUGGACCAAAAGAUCUAUGCUUUAUCUUUUUUUACUUUUUGACUCUUAUUAUUUACCAUGCUGUUAUUCAGGAAUAUGUUUUAGAUAAAACUAAUAGGAAAUUGCAUUUAUCUAAAGUCAAGACUAAUAAAUUUAAUGAAUCUGGAGGUCUUUUAGCUUAUUAUAUCCCAUUCUUUAUCCUGGCUUUAUAUAUUAUCUUAAAUGGUUAUAUACCACAAAUCAAUAGUUUAUGGAUUGAUUACCCUACAACAAUUUUACCCUGGAAUGUUAAAAUAUUUUUUCUGUUGCAGAUUGCUACCUGGUUACAUUUUUAUCCUGAAAUAUAUUUUCAAAAAAUACCACAAGAGGAUUGGUCAGAGAGAUGUACUUAUAUAUCAUUAUAUGUGGUUUUCAUAGCAGCCACUUAUUUUCUAAGUUUUACCAAAGUGGCUUUAGUUCUUUUGACUAUACAAUAUUUUGAACAAAUAAUUUUUCACCUAUCACGAAUCAUCCAUUUUUCAGGAAAAAAUGAAAUCUCAAAAUAUGGAUUUAUGUCUUGGAAUAUUGUUUUUAUUGCCUGCCGAUUAAUAUCUUUUAUAACAUUGGUAUUAACAUUUUAUUUUGGCCUCUCUAAAACCAGCAUACCUCAAAUUAACCUGGUUCAACAAAAUUUUAAUACACCUAUUAUCAGAUACAAUUGCAUGGUCGCUUUUGGUUUGCUCCAAGCUUGGCUAAUGUGGAACUUCGUCAAUUUUCAUAUGAGAAAAAGGAGGGAAAAAAUUGGUGGCGAUAAAAAAAUGUUGAACUUUUUUUCGUUCAAAUCUUCAUCCACAAAGAACAAAAAUACCGAAGAGACGAAAAAGAAGAAGCGAGAUUCUAACCGAUCCAAAAAUCCAGUUUCACCCAUUAGCAAUCAUGACAAUGAAAAUAAUCAUCAGAAUCAUAACUCCAAAAAAAAGUUAUAAAAACUAAAGAAUAUCACAGUAUAUAUAUAUAAUCCUUUUUCUUAAAUUCAAUUCAUUAUAUUUUUAUCUAGUUUUUUUUAUAUAAUCUUUUUUUUGUAAUUUUUAUUUAGUUUUUUUAUGAAAUCUUUCUUGAAAUUAUAAUUGCAAUAUUCUUUCUCUCUAUUUAAAAUUCUCCCUCCCCUUUAAAAAAAUAUGCAGGACCGUAUUUAUAUAUCUAAAUUAUAUUAAAAGGGCAAAAAAAAAUGAAAUCGCAGUUAUAAUGAUUUACCUUAUCAAAAUUUUUUAUUUAACCUUGGAUUUGAAAUUAUUACAAGAAAAGUUUCUCUAACUUAUAGAAUAUUUUUUUUUAAGAUUUCAUAUUGAUUAAUAUUAUUACAUGAAUUUCAAGAUUGGUUUAAUUAGGAGCUAUCAAACUUUAAAUAUCUUGUUUUUUUAUAAUUUUUUAAUGCUUUAAAUUGAUUAUCAUUUUUUAAAAUUCCAAGAAACAAUCAUACAUUUAUAUUUUUAGGGAUACAUUAUUGUAUUAUUUUUAUUUUGUAA